UUCGGUAUGAACAAGUUAAAGGUUUCCAACCGCGAUACCAACCACGGUCAAACAAAUUUUUAAAAAUUCCCAUCUACGUGUAAAUUGUUAAGUAAAAAUAUUCUACACUUAUUCUGUCAGUUAAUAUUGUUCCCUUAUACACGCGCUUUUGUGCGUUCUCUCAAAUCAUAAUGAAGGUUACCUUAUUUACCGGCUUGUUUGCCAUAUUAUACAAAACCGCGCUGUGUGGGCAAUGCCCGGAUAUGUGGAUGAAAUUCGGCAGUAAUUGUUAUUUUUUUGCAACUGAUUUUCCUGGGGGAAAUUUUUGGGAAACGGCUGCGUUUUGUAAAAUGUUUGGACCAAACGCUCAUUUGGCGGAAAUUAACAGUAUGGCGGAAUAUUACUUCCUCCGCGAUACAGUGAAAUCUUUGGGAAAGUGGCCGCUUGGACCAUGGUUGGGCAUGAUACGACCGCAUUCUACUAAGACCACGUACAUGAACCCAUCCACCGGAAAAGAAGCGGAUGAUCCAGAGUUCAAUGAGAUGGUGCACAAUCUGGAGUCCAGAGUGCAGAUUAAUGAAAACUGCAUGGGCUUCGAUGCCAAUGGAAAUGGAUUUGGAUUCUGGAAUUGCACACAUAGCGGCAGUCCAUUGUGUGAAAUCGAUGCCGGUGUAUCUAUCCAAGGAACUGCGACACUGAUUUUAUGCAGCCUCGCCAUUACGCUGUUCAGCUGUUUUGUAAAUGCUUAGUAAAUUUCUUUUCUGGAACUACAAGUAAAUGUCUCCAAGUGCUUCUUUUAUACUGACAAGUUGCUGGAACGUGACCUGCAUUCUUCUUAUGACCUUGUAGCAAAUUCCAUUUUUUGUGGCGAGUGUCCAAGAUAAGCAGAAUAAUGUCACCAGGUUAUAACUUCACGUGUAUAAUUAUGAAAAUCUUUUGGUUAGCUAACGAGGUCCACAGUGUGCUGUGGUUCUGGUCUCAAUUUACCUGUAUAGUCCGUAAUAAUCGAGAUUUAUGGAACAAUAAUACGGUACAUACCAGCUUGCGAAGGUUGGGCCCUGAAAAUAAAAAUAUAAACUUCCACCGUACAUGAACAC